GAGAGAGAGUGAGAGCGCUCUAAAAUUACUACCGUACCUUCACCCUCCUCUCAUCCUCUUCAGUUUUCAAGCAUUUCUCGUAGAGGGAGGAUACUACAGGCGUGGUUGCUCAGACCUUUUUGGUUUUAUUUUGGGCCAAGUUCAACGAAGCUACCUGCUGUUUUCUCUCCCCACCACCCCCACUUUCCCCUUUUUGUUUUGCGAUGGCCAAAGGAGAAGGAGCUGAACAAUACUCCAAUGCCAGUCUAUUAAACAAGUCGGUCAGCUCGGAUGUUAUCAAGCUUUCAAGAAAGCAUGAGCACAGAACCAGGUUGUCGAUCUGCAACAAGAUCUGCUAUGCAAUCGGCGGUGCGCCCUACCAGAUCACAGGAUGUGCUCUGGGCUUCUUCCUGCAGCUCUACCUACUCGAUGUAGCUCAGUUGGAUCCCUUCUACGCCUCGAUCAUCCUGUUCAUCGGCCGAGCGUGGGAUGCCGUGACGGACCCCACGGUGGGCUUCCUGGUCUCCCGGAGCCCGUGGACUCGUUUCGGACGGAUGAUGCCCUGGAUCUUACUGUCCACCCCUUUUGCCGUGACGUCUUAUUUCCUCAUAUGGUACGUCCCCCCCUUCGAACACGGCAAAGUCAUCUGGUACAUUUUAUUCUACUGCGUCUUCCAGUCCCUGCAGACAUGCUUCCAUGUGCCAUACUCUGCCCUCACCAUGUUCAUCACCUCCGAGCAGAAGGAGAGGGACUCUGCUACGGCGUACAGGAUGACGGUGGAGGUUCUGGGCACCGUCCUCGGCACGGCCAUCCAGGGUCAGAUUGUGGGCAACGCUCACGCCCCCUGCCUCUCUUCCAACUCCUCCAACUCUUCCAACUCCUCCAACUCCUCCAUUCUCCUGAGCCACAACAACUCGGACCAUUCCCUGCAGCACACGAGGAACGCGUACAUGAUCGCGUCUGCCGUCAUCUGCUCCAUGUACGUCCUGUGUGCCAUCGUCCUGUUCUCCGGCGUGAGGGAACACGAGGCUAUGGGGAUCAGAUCGAAGCCGAUGCCCUUCCUUAAAGGCAUUAAGAUGGUGAUGGGGUACGGGCCGUAUGCCAAGCUGGUCAUGGGCUUCCUCUUCACCUCACUGGCUUUCAUGCUCCUGGAGGGAAACUUUGCUCUCUUCUGCAGCGCCACGUUGGGCUUCAGGAAGGACUUCCACAACAUCCUGCUGGUCAUCAUGCUCUCCGCUACGCUGGCCAUCCCGUUCUGGCAGUGGUUCCUGACUCGCUUCGGGAAGAAAACGGCAGCUUAUGUCGGAUCCUUGUCUGCCGUUCCCUUCAUGAUCAUGGUGGUGUGUGUACCGAAAAACCUCAUCGUCACCUACAUCGUGUCUUUUGCCUCUGGCGUGGCGGUGGCUGCAGCCUUCCUGCUGCCCUGGUCCAUGCUGCCUGACGUCGUUGACGAUUUCCAGGUUCAGAACCCGGAAUCCACGGGACACGAAGCCAUCUUUUAUUCCUUCUACGUUUUCUUCACCAAGUUCGCCUCUGGCAUCUCGCUAGGCAUUUCCACGCUGAGUUUAGACUUUGCUGGAUACAUUACCAGAGGUUGCUCCCAGCCUAAGGAAGUGGAUCUGACCUUGAAGGUGUUGGUUUCGGCCGCCCCCGUCGUCCUCAUCUUCAUUGGCCUGGGAAUCCUGUACACGUACCCCAUCACCGAGGAGAGGAGGCAGGGCAACCGCAAGAUCCUACAAGAGCUCAGGGACGAGGCAGAUUCGGCGUCGGACUCCUCAGAGGUGACGGAAAUGAUCUAGCGCAUCUUCUGAAAGCAACUUCUGGACCAAUCUGUUGGCCGGCUGGCAUUUUGCACUGGGCGGGACCAACGGACCAGGACCCGGACCUUCCCUAACCCCCCCGGGGGCCCGUCGGACCGCACAGGAACCGGAUUGUACGGCCAACACUGUUGCUGCUGCUGAGAAUCCAAGUACAAAAACGGAUGAGCCUACCUGACUGAGACCUUUCCCAAAAAACAUCCCGCUCCUCCAUUUUUGUUUUUUUUUUAUACCCGUGAUGGUUUCCUGGUGUGACUUUCGACGCCUCGCCAAGCCUUACCUUUUUGUACGACGUGCUACUAUUGAGUACAAAGUGAGAAUCCUUUUAAAGGUUGGUCUCUAAAUAAAAUUGCACAAAGAAAUGUAAAAAAGAAACGGGUUGGAGGGGUAAAUUUGCAUUAAUGGUGCUUUUGUACAUACGACACUGAACAGUAACGACCUUUAGCGCUGCGCUGGAAAUGACGUCACAGUAGACUUGCAAACAUCGGAAGAAACUGCCAUUUUGUAAUUUUGUUUUUUGUGUCUUUUGCCUGAAUUUCACUCGUAUUUCAGAGACAAAAUUUGAAAGAAAAAAAAAAAGCACAAACUGACGAGUGCCAAUCGCUCACUGAAUAUCUCAUCAUAGUUUACAAGAACGAAUCAAGUGUUCGCAUCGCGUGAACGCAGCGAGUUUGCACAAAAAAGAAAAACUGCAGUUUCUCCAGUCAACUGUUUUUUAAAUUUAUUAUUUAUAACGGCUACUAAUGACCGUGUCAUUUCUUAACGCUUUAAUUUCUUCAAACCUGGAGCAAAACCUUGACGACAGCUAGCACAUAUGUUUAAAUAUUAAUUUAAAUAUUUAUUAGUGUGAUUUUCACAGUCCUCCUCUUUGCAGUAUUUAAAACCUAUUUAAGGUCUGUACAGUCGCGCUAACAGAAGCCACAAAGCUUCUCGUUCAGUUUUUUUUUAUUUUUUAUUUUUAAAUGUGACGCGUGCAUCUUUCGGUGGAUGUUGCCAUUACUACAAUCUUACGGUAAAUAAAAAGUUUGUACGCUCCUGUUAAAACGGCAGUAAAAGACAGAAAAUAUACCGGAUAAGAUUUUUGAAACGAUCCACCUUUACAUCAUAAAUUCCUGCUGUUGCAACAGGAGUGUGUAGACUUCUUUUUUUACUAUUCUUACCUCUUCUACAACACUGUAUGUAUUUAAAAAAAAAGGGAACACACACAGUUUUGAUUGGAAAAAUGAGUGUGAAGACAGAGCAGUGACAUUGUUUUUUCUUUUAAUCUUUAAAUAUUGUAUAUAAAAACAACCAGGACACUUUGAUCACCUCAGUUCUCCAAAAGUGGGAAAAAAAACAAAAAAACUUAAGAGGACCGACAUGUUUCAUAUCAGCCGAUAUGGAAAUGUGUAUAUGUAGUGUCAUAUGUUAUACAUACUGUUACAUCUUGGACAUGACAACUAAGUUGCCAUAGUGAUUUUUAUUAUUUUUUUUUAUGCAUUAAGCUCUUCCUCUAUCCCUUCCGAACGAUACUGUAUGUGCCAUCGUCACUCACUGAAAUUUGUAGCUAUUGUACAUCCUGUAAAUGUUUUGUUCUCGUCGGUGCGUAGUGUUUUUACGCGUGUGUCUCAUGACCGAGGCUGUUGAUGAAAUGUGUGAGCUUUAGUCCUGCAUGGGGGCACGCAAGCCUCGGAGACUGCGCCUCCUGUUUAUAUGUAAAUAUUGUACGUAAACAUGUAAAUAGAUAUUUGUUUGCAAGUGAAUGGAUUUCUGUACACUGUACUGUAGUUAUUUAA